GGAGCACACAGUCAUUUGCAAAAGUCCGCUCGUUGCAUUGAGUUUCUCUGAAUUCUCUACAAGAGAUCAGUUAGACACCACAGAGUACGCUUGAACACUCAUAUUUAACACAGGGGCGCUCGACAGAUUCACGCCAGAAGUUUCUUCAGUCCUUAACAAGACUUGGGACCUUUUUGCACUAUAUAAGCUUCGAUACUCUUCACCAUCAGGUAUCGCAACGCCACCUCUCAUUACCCGCUGACCCCAGCUGCAAUGUCAGGCUUCCACUUUCCUUCCUCGUCGUCCUCCCAUCAGGCUGCGCAUAUCGCUGCUGGGCGGACAUACUCACAUCGUCGUCGUCGUACGCUGUCAUUGCUAUCCACCUCGUCCACCGCCUCGACGAGUAGUGCCACCCGCCUGCUCAUUCUCCCUGACCCAAGCCUCGCCCAUGGGGAAACGGGGAAGCAAGUUGCAUGGGGCUCAUUUGUACCCCUCGCAUCCGCCUCAAGUACCCUGCGUACCAUCGCCGCUCUCGAUUCAGAUUCGGGUGACGACGCCUCUGAAUCAGACGUGCCCUUCACGGUGACCAUCCAAAGGUCUCACCCAUAUACCUCGCCGUCCGCCUCGUCCUCUACAUCUUCCGUGUCACACCCAUCACCUAAUGUCCCACUUAUAACGAGAACGUUGACAUCCAUCCCCCGGCCCCCAUCGCCUGAUUCUUCGGCAUCGUCUAUCCAUGAGACGCGGGGGUUACAUCCCGUCCUCGCGCGUAUGGAGCGCGCUUCCAAGUUCUGUGCGAAGAAGUUGGAAUGUUCCACCUGUCGUAAACCAGGCCGCGACUUCCCUCAGUGCGGCAAAUGCAAGCAAAUGUGGUGUUCCCGCGAAUGCAGGCUCGUCGGCGGGAAGAGACAUGUCUGCCCCGGGUUGUAA